UUUUCAUUUUCAUUUUCCCACUCACUCCAUUUUCCAACUUUAAGCUUCUUCACCUAACCCAUUCAGUCACCGUCGUAUCUUUGCUAACCCCCCUCUCUCUCUCAGAAUUCUUUCAAAAUUAUCGCAAACCCCUCUCUCGAAUCGCUAAUAUUUUAGCUCACAAAUCCCUGUCAAAGUUUAACAGCUCACAAAUUGAGGAUUUUCUCACUUGGAAGUUAGGGUUUUGUCGAUUGAAACUGAUAACUGGGGUUACUCAAUAUAAGCUUUGAAGCACUGACACAAACAUUGAAAACGGACAUGGCACCCACACUAAAAAUGAAUUAUUUGAACUUAAUGACAUGUAUUAGUGUCGUAUUGGUGCGUUGAAUUUGUCUACAUUAGAAAAGGUUAGUGCGUUGAGUUCAAUAGAUACGGUGAGAUUCUUCAACAUUUUCUUUACCAAUUUCAUAUUUAUAUUUAGUAGUUGUCUGUACAAAAUUAUACUGCAUGUCCAAAAUAUCAGAACGAUUACAUUCAAUUGUGUCAUUAUCUCAAAUUAUUAUGGAUGUCAACCUGUUUUCUCAAAUUAUUAUCAGUUGUCAACGUGUUAGUGUUGUGUCGUGUCGGUGCUUUACAGUGUAAUGAUGUUAUGGGACCAAGGCUUCUCCCUGUUUCAUGUGUAUUGUGUCAUUUUAGCUUCUUAGAUACUCUCAUUUGUCUUUAUCUUUAUAUGAUAUAACCACGUUGACUUUUUGUGAAGGACUUGAAGCGAUGACGACACCACCAUAUGAGAAGAAUCGACUCAAAAGAGUUGCAGAGAAUCAUAGAGUGAUAAAGGCUCUCAAUAUGCAUCGUCUCUCUCAGGAUCUUCACGAAUGCACUUCUCCAAAAUCAAAACCUUCAUUGAUGUCAGGUACAAGCAGAGGCAGGGGAAGAGGUAAUGGAUUAAUUGCAACUCGUCAACAUAUCUCAUCUUCCGAAACUAACCCGACAUCUACACCAACCUCGUCUGCUCAUCUUGAACCUAACCCAACACCACUCAUUUCACCACAAUUAGAAAAAACCCCUACAUCAACCACAUUUACUCAUCACCAAACUAACCCAACACAUACCCCAUCUGCUCAUCCCCAAACUAACCUAACACCUCUCGUUUCUCCACCAUUAAAAAAAACACCUACACCAAUCACAUCUACUCAUCCCCAAACUACGCCACUUAUAUCUCCAUCAUUACAAAAAACAAAUCAAUUUGCCCCAUCCGCUCUUCCCCGUACUAGGCAUGCACCUACAAUAUCUCAACCUUUGCAAAACACCUCUAUCUCUUUCCCAUCUCAUUUUCAUUCCCAAACAAGGCAUACACAGACCAUAUGUCAAUAUUUACAUAAUGCACCUGCAUCAUCUCAUUCUCAUGGCCAAACCACCCCUAACUAUUGUUAUCAUGGUUUUUGGUUCUGGUUUCACAGUCCUUCGCGUUCUUCUUCUUCUUUCUUCUCUGUGUUUUGCGAUUUGGUUCUGGCUUCGCGUUUCCUCACGUUUUUCCUCUCCUCUGUGAUCGGUGCUGGAGUUUCUCGCCUCCGGUGA